UUUCCGCGGUCACACUGAUUCAAUUGAAAAACACGACGUCAAUUUGCAAAUUUGUGUAAACUUUUGUAAAUUGUAGCUGUAUUAAGAUGUCGCACCUUGUGAAGAUGGAAAAUGGCCAAAGCCAGACGAUACAGGAGAUGCUGGGCUGCAUUGAACGCUACAACCCAGACCAUUUGAAGACUCUGGAGGCGUACAUUCAGGAUCAGGCCAAGAACAACACCUACGACCUGGAGGCCAACCUGGCCGUUCUCAAGCUGUACCAGUUCAACCCGCACAUGCUCAACUUUGAGAUCACCUACACGAUUCUGUUGAAAUCGCUGACAAAUCUGCCGCACACGGACUUCGUGAUGGCCAAGUGCCUGCUGUUGCCACAGCAGAUGAAGGACGAAAACAUUCAGACCAUUAUCGAUCUGGCCGAUAUAUUGGAGCGUGCCGAUUUCACCCUGUUCUGGCAACGCGCCGAGGUUAACCGCACCAUGUUCCGUCACAUCAGCGGCUUCCAUGAUUCCAUUCGCAAGUUUGUUUGCCAUGUCGUGGGCAUCACCUUCCAAACCAUCAAGAAGGAUUUGCUGAAGGAGCUCCUGGGCGGCAUUGAAGACUCGACACUGGAGAGCUGGAUCAAGCGCAAUGGAUGGAAGCACCAGGGCCAGGGUCUGGUUGUAAUCGCCAUGCAGGACGACAAAAUCAAGACCAAAAAUAUUACAGAGAAAAUUGAGUUUGAGAACGUUGGCGCAUUGAUGGCACAGUGCCUCUAGGUUUCUCAUUACAUUCAUAGUUUUGUAUGAAUUUCUACGAAAAGUACAUAAUAUACACGAAAAAUAAAACGUCUGGCCCUUAAUACAGCUAA